AUGAAGCUCAACAAAAACAAUAUAUAAAAAUUAUUUAAGAAAGAUGAAGAUGACACCAUCAAUUUUAAAAAUUCUCAAUUGAUUUCAAUUAAUAACCUUGGUUAGUUUAUUGAUUUAUCAUAGAUAACUUCACUAAAUCUAGAUAGUAACCAUCUCAAAGAAAUUGAAGAAGUAUUUAGCUAAAUGGUGAACUUGAAAUAUCUUUCAAUGGAGAUGAAUCACUUAAGAUAUCUUGCAUACUUUGAUAAUUUGCAAUCUCUUUAAUAAUUAAAUCUAUCAAUGAAUAGAAUAGUAAGAGUAGAUCAACUUAAUUCAUGCAAAAAUUUGAGACUUAUUAAUUUAAGUAUGAAUUAUAUCGAAGAAGUAGAAGAUUUGUAAUUACCUUACCUUGAAUAAUUGUAUCUUUAAGGAAAUAAAUUGACUAGACUCCCUUCCUUUUAAUAUUUGCCAAGGCUAAGAUAUCUAAAUAUUUCCAAAAAUGAAUUGAGCGAUAUCAAUCCAAUAUUAUCAUAAAAGGCUCUCAAUUACUUAGAAAAGCUAAUAUGCUCUUAUAAUAGAAUUCCUAGUUAGUAUUUGGAGGAUUUUUGCUUUAUUCUAAGUAGUUUACCUAAUUUACUGGAAUUAGAUGCAUCUGGAAACGAAGUCACUAUUAAUUCUCUUUACAGAUCAUCUGUAUUAACAGCAAAAAAGUUAAAAAUGCUUGACGGAUUAGAAAUAAAUGAUAACACUAUUGAAUAAAUACAAAAUUUAAAAUAAACAGAAAACUUCGAAAGGGCAAUACAAGACACAAAUAAAAAUUAUAUUGAGAGAUUGUAAAAAGAAAAUGAAGCAAAGUUAAGAGCCAAAAAACUUUUGCUUGAUUAAAUUGAUAGAAUAGAUGACAUGUUUGAAAACUUUUAAAGAAAAACAGAAAUGGAGUAGAAAUAGUUUUUAGAAUAUAUUGCUAUUAUGGAAAAGAGGUACAGAAGUGGAGAUAAAAUAUAGUUAGACUAAGAUACUGUAAAACUUUGGAGUCAAAGAAUUUAGCAACACGAAGCAGAACUCAGGCAAAAAAUAGAUUAUCAGAAAUAAGUAUAAUAACAUCAAAGAGAUGUCUUUCUUUAAAAAGAGGUCAAUGGUCUAACUCUCAGAGAAAAACUAUAUGAUAUUGCUUUAAACGAUCCAGAUUUGUGGAGAGAUUUGAAAUCUAAAGAAUUAUAGUAAGUUUACAAAGAAGAAAAGAGAAAUGAAUAAAGAGAAUAUGAAGAACUCUAAAAAAGAAUAAGAGAUUAAAGUUCUGUUAAUUAUGGAUAGCUAGAGGACGACAUCAGAAAAAAUAUAGCAUAAAAAAUUUAGAGCAAAUUACAAAUGAUUGAAGAUUACUCAAAGGAUGACAUUAACCAAUAAGACAAUGAAAGAUAAUAAUUAAAUAAUUUAUCCUAAAAUCAGUCGAUGAAUUUUGACUAAAAAAGCUAUUUAAGUGGAAAUAAUAAAUCAAGUUUUUUAGGAAGCAAUAGAAAUAUUUCUCUUUCAAAAAAAUGA